AAAAGAUAUAUCACUUGUAGGUUUAUAAUAUUAGUACUAGCUUAAAUAACAUUAUUUGUUAAACAUACAGUGUAAAAAUGUUUAAAAGAUUUUGUGCACUUUUUUACUUAAUUAUCAAUACUUAUGGAAGUGAUAUGGAGCCCAAAUGUUACUCAAGAUUUGAUUAUGACGAAAAAAUGCUCCUGAAACUACUGAAAAUUGAAGAUCAAAUAAAAAAGUUUGAGGAUCAUUUAAAAGAAAUGAAAGAAACACUGAACACAGAGAAAUCUAACCGCAUGGAAUCAUUCGCAAAUGAGAUGGGCGAAUUCAGAGAGAGAAAUCUAGAAGAAGUCCAAAGGCAACAGAACCUGACUAAAAAGUUUAAUGAAUCACUAAACAGGACAGAGACGACACUGAACGAGUCCUUACAACACCAAGAAAGCCUGAUCAAAGUGGUUAUAGACAAUGUCAAUAAAACAAUGGAAACAUACGAGAAACUUGUAAAAGAAAUGCUGAACACAGAGAAAACUAAGCGCACGGAAACAUUUGCAACUGAGAUGGACGAAUUCAGGGAGAGAAAUCUAGAAGAAAUCCAGCGGCAACGGAACUUGACUAAAAGGAUCCGUGCAUCACAAAAAAGGGUCAACACGACAAUGAGCGAGUCCAUCAAACAUCAACAAAAUCUGGUCAAAGAAGUUAUAGACAAAGUCAACGAAAGAAUGGAUACUUACAAGAAAUUUACAAAAGAUGUUGUCUUCACAGUUACCGGCCCUGAUGGACAUUCUUCUUAUUCACUAAUAUUCAAGAAUGUUAUUACGAAUGAAGGAGACGGCUACGACAUAUCUACGGGAAUCUUCACGUGUCCUAUCCGAGGACUCUACUACUUUAGUCUGCAUCUUGUGCAGCGUUCCAGUGGUUAUCCAGACCAAGUAGGAUGUUACAUAAAAGUUAAUGGAACAGAAACCGCGAGGGCACAUAUCAACCCAGAGGUUGAUGACAGUACAGAUGAAUACGGAAGCUUUGGCGUGUCUACCUCUGUCUAUGUAAGGCUUGAAGUGGGUAGCCUAGUCACGGUGGCAGGUUGCUACACAAAGAAUCGAUGGCUACCUAUCGCCAUGGAAUCGUGGUCGUCGUUUAGUGGACAUUUGAUCAGGCCAUCACCCCAACAAUUUCCUAUUCAUCUGAAUGAUAAACGUUACAUUACCGCCAGCCAUUCAUUGAAUGCAGAACAGCAGAAACAGAUGUUGGCGAAUAUUUGUAUCGUUGUGAUAUUGUGUUACGUUCGUAUCGCCAAUGGGGAUAUUGGAGAGCCCAAGUGCUACUCUAAGUUUGAUUAUGACGAAAAAAUGUUGCUGAAAUUAUUGAAAAUUGAAGAUAAAGUUCAGAAAUUCGAAGAAUUUAUUAAUGAGUUGAAGUCAAACCACGAAAAGGAAAAAGUCGAACGGGAAAAGUUAUUUGAUUCUGAAAUUGAGGCAUUCAGAGAGAGAAACGCUGAAGAAGUGAAGAAACAACAAAACUUUACUGCAGAAGUUCUUGGAAUUCUGGACGAUGCAAAGACUAAACUGGAGGAAGCUCUUGAAGAAAAGAAAUCAGCACAGAAAGGUGACAUCGUAGCAUUUACGGUGACGACCCCUUCGAACGGUGCUGCUUCCAACUCCCUGGCUUUCACUACUGUUGUAACUAACGAAGGGAACUCGUAUGAUACAUCAACAGGCAGGUUCACGUGUUCAAUCAACGGACUUUACUAUUUUAGUUUACACCUCAUCAAAAAGAGGUCCUCCAGCGUUGACUCGUCUGGAUGUUUUAUUUAUCUGAACGGAUUUGGUAAAGUGAGAGCAUUUAUUGAUCCCCAGGAUGGGUCGAGUGGGGCGGACGCUGGCAGUUACGGGGUUUCCAACUCAGUGUAUCUCAAACUGAAAGUUGGAGAUGUCAUAACGGUAGAAAAUUGCAAUGGAGGCGCAGCAGCUUUGGAACCAUGGUCAUCUUUCAGUGGCUAUUUAGAAAGACCAGAAAUUUAACUUUGCCAAUUGCCGAAGAUGCUUCCAAUGCCAAGGUCUUCCAUUUAAACCAUACCCCUAUGUUACAGCCAUAUAAACGUUAUAAACGUUGCUUGUAAAAUAUAUGAAAACACGAUUAAUGUUACAACAGGCUAAAUAUUGGCUACAUCUUGUGUAUCUCACGUUGCUUUAAAUAAUUAUUUAUUGACAUGUUUGCGUCUGUUACAAAAAUACAAAUAUAAACGUGGAGAGUUGAAUAGGAAGUUCUAAGCUUUUUGCGAAAGUCUAGCACUGUAUCUUACAUUAACCUUUCUAGUCCUUGGAUAUAAUAUAUUUGAUCAUGUUGUUUUGAAGCGACUGGAUUCAUCUUUCAUGCAAAUGAGUCUGACAUGAAGGUAGAUUCAAGGUUGUGGAUCCGUCAUGGCAAUCGGCAAUUUCCGUUCGUUUACGUAUUCUCCUGUUGCGAUUUUGGCAUUCUCUGGUAAUAAUGCAACGUUUUUCUAGUUUGGCCGAAGGAUGCUGAAAUCGCCUAAUGAGGACACGUAACCGCACGGAUAUUGCCGAUUGUCAUAACAUAAUCGCACGGAAAUGGUCGAUUGUCAUUAUGUAACGACACGGAAAUUGCCUAGUGUCAUUACGUAAUCGCACGGAAAUUGUCUAUUGUCAAUACGUAAUCGCACAGAAAUUGCCUAUUGUCAUUUCGUAAACGCACAGAAAUUGCCGAUUGUCAAUACGUAAUCGCACAGAAAUUGCCGAUUGUCAUUACGUAUCCGUAAUAUCAUUGAAUCACCAUACUGUUUGUUAUAUCUUCAGAAUGACACAGACGCAAAUGGAAAUACAUCGACAUGCAUGAAGUUCACAAAUUAAUAUAUUCUAUAACAUUGAUCCUCCCUGAUGGCAAAUUCCAGACAAGUGGUUAAACUGCUAUCAAAUGAGUUGAAUGUUUUUUUUCUUCCUAUUUUGUCGUAGUUAUCAUUUAUGUAACGUUUCUGUGCAGUGUUUUGUUCUGUAAUUUUACUUUUAGUUAAGAAGAAAAAAUAUGUACGUGCUGACAAAUUUGGAAUUGUGGGAUUGCACAGAGAUAUCGAUUUUCAGUUGCAGAUCCUAUUAGUGAGCGAUAUUCAUAUCUAUACAAUUCUCCCAUAUGUGAAAUAUGGCUUUUUAAAAUUUGACCCAUACAAAAAAUCUGCUUUUAGUUCUUUGUUAAAGCGAAAUCGUUUGCAAAUAAAAGUCAUAUGUAACUAUA